AUGUCAAACUCGGUGGCAAAAACAACAAAAAGUCGCAACUACAAAGUUGCAUCGAUUCCCGCUGAUGGGUUUGGUCCGGAAGUUGUGAGUGCUGCCAUUGAAGUUGUCCAGAAGCUCGCAGAAAUAUCGAAGACCUUCACUAUCGAGUUUCAACACAUUCCAUGGGGAACCGCGUACUACAAGCAGCAUGGCAAAUAUGUGGAGGACAACGUGUUAGAAGUCUUGAGACGGUACAACGCUAUUUUGUUCGGGUCCGUUGGAGCAACAGAUGUUCCAGAUCAUAUCUCUCUGUGGGGCCUUUUGCUGGCUAUCCGUGGACCGCUGCAGUUGUAUGCCAAUGUUCGACCGGUGCGGACAUUUCCUGGGACGUUGUCGCGUCUUCGCGAUACCAAGUCCGGAGCUCCAGAUAUCGAUUGGGUUCUGGUACGCGAAAACACAGAAGGUGAAUACUCCGGCCAUGGUGGGAGAUCGCAUCGGGGUCAAAAAUGGGAAGUUGCAACUGAGGUUGCUAUAUUCACCUACGUUGGCAUUGAACGAAUUAUGAGAUUCGCAUUUUCAGUGGCUCAAGCCCGCCCUAAGAAGCUUCUUACCGUCGUCACCAAGAGCAACAGUAUGCGGAACGGCAUGGUUCUUUGGGACGGAGUUGCUCUCGAAGUGUCUCGCGAUUUCCCUGACGUCAAGUGGGACAAAAUGCUCGUCGAUGCCAUGACUGUGAGAAUGGUCAACUCGCCAGGAUCUUUAGACACAAUUGUUGGGACGAACCUUCACAUGGAUAUCUUGAGCGAUUUGGCAGCUGCUUUGGCAGGUAGUCUCGGUAUUGCUCUAUCAAGCAAUCUGGAUCCCACAAGGAAGAAUCCCAGUCUUUUUGAACCAGUCCAUGGCAGUGCAUUUGACAUCACUGGUAAAGGGGUUGCAAACCCUGUGGCGACUAUUUGGAGCACAGCGGAAAUGCUGGGAUGGCUCGGAGAAGGCGAGGCUAAAGACACAUUGAUGCAAGCGAUCGAGAAUGUUUGUAAUGCGGGAGUGUUGACAGCGGACCUUGGAGGGACCGCAAAUACGAAAGAGGUUACACAGGCUAUCUGUGAGGAAUUGGAGAAAUUGGGAACUCGGAAAUGA